GCCGAGCUGAGGAGAGGAGAGAGUCCCGCACGGUCCCGCACGGUCCCGCAUCAUGAGGUUCUUCUCGCUCUCGCUGGUUUUCGUCUUCGCGGUCGACGCUCAGCUUCUCUCCGGGUCAGAGAUGUACGGCAGCCUGCAGUCGCCCAACUUCCCGGAGCCGUAUCCCCGGGAGACGGAGCUGCGCUGGAACGUCAGCGUUCCCGACGGCUUCCAGAUCAAACUGUACUUCAGCUACUUCGACCUGGAGCCGUCGUACCUGUGUGAGUACGACUACGUCAAGGUGGAGGCGGAGGGGGAGAUGCUGGCGUUGUUCUGUGGACGGGAGGACACGGACACGGAGGCGGUGCCGGCUCAGCAGGUCAUCACCUCCCCCAGAAACUCCCUGAGCGUCCUCUUCUCCUCAGACUUCUCCAACGAGGAGCGCUACUCUGGAUUCAUGGCUCACUACAGCGCCGUGGACGUAGACGAGUGCAGAGACCAAAGUGACGAGGAUCUGAUCUGUGACCAUUUCUGUCACAACUACAUUGGAGGAUACUACUGCUCCUGUCGCUAUGGUUACCUGCUGCACUCGGACAACCGCACCUGCAGAGUGGAGUGCAGUGACGGUGUGUUCAGGCAGCGCUCCGGUGUCCUGAGCAGCGUGGACUUCCCGGCUCCGUACCCAAAGAGCUCCGAGUGUGUGUACCUGAUCCAGGUGGAGCCGGGCUUCAGGGUCCGCCUCCAGUUUGACCCCAACUUCGACGUAGAGGAUCACCCCGACGUCAGCUGUCCCUACGACUACGUCAAGAUCAAAGCAGGCAGCGGUGAGUUCGGUCCGUUCUGUGGUGAUCGAUCUCCAGGACCGAUCGACACCGACAGCAACGUCGUCCACGUCUUGUUCCACAGCGACAACUCGGGAGAGAACCUCGGCUGGAGACUCACAUACACAUCUAUAGGAAGUCAGUGUCCUGUACCUGAGAAUCCGCCCAACGCCCUGCUGACCCCCGUCCAAUCAGAAUACUCCUUCAAAGACCACAUCCUGUUCACCUGUGAGGCCGGUUACAGGAUGCGGAAGGACGAUGAAUAUCUGGAUCAUUAUCAGAUCAGCUGUGAGUCUGAUGGACAGUGGAGCAGCCGUCCUCCUCUCUGUCAAAUGGUGGAUUGUGGGAGUCCGAAGGAGGUGGAAAUGGCCGACGUGGUGUUCGGUAGCCAUGACAACAGCACGAUGUUUGGUGCGACUGUCCGUUACGUCUGCAAAGAGGAGACGAUCCAGCUGCUCCCCGCCAACAGUUCUUACAGCUGUGAGCAGAGCGGAGAAUGGAUGAGUUCAGAAACAGGAGCCACACUGCCCACCUGUCUGCCAGCCUGCGGCCGGCCGGCCCGUUCCCUCCCCCCUCAGGUGAAGCGGAUCGUGGGUGGUCGCAGCGCCGAGCCCGGCUUGUUCCCCUGGCAGGUUCUGCUCAGCGUGGAGGAUCUGUCCCGGGUCCCCGAGGACCGCUGGUUCGGUUCCGGGGCCCUCCUCUCCGAGUCCUGGGUCCUCACGGCGGCCCACGUCCUGCGCUCCCAGCGGAGGGACACCAGCGUCGUUCCCGUGUCUCCCGAACACGUUAAGGUCUUCCUCGGUCUCCAUGACGCCCGAGACAAACGGCGGGCCACAAACCGCUCCGUGUUGGAGAUCGUCCUCCAUCCCGACUUCCAGCCCGACAACUACAACAACGACAUCGCCCUGGUGAAGCUGAGAGACCGGGUGGAGCUGAAUGACGUCAUCCGUCCCGUCUGUCUCCCAACACCACACACACAGGACGACACCCCGACGCCUCUCCCUAACUCUCUGGGUGUAGUUGCUGGUUGGGGCAUCUCCAACCCCAACGCUUCCUCCUCCACCCCUGGUGACCCCCCCUCCUCCUCCUCCUCCCCCGGGGCAUCCUCCUCCGACCUGGGUAUGACCUCCGACCUCCUGCAGUACGUGAAGCUGCCGGUGGUGUCUCAGGAUGAGUGCCAGGCCAGCUACGCCUCGCGCUCCGUCAGCUACAACAUCACGGACAACAUGUUCUGCGCCGGUUUCUACGAGGGCGGGAGGGACACCUGCCUGGGGGACAGCGGGGGGGCGUUCGUGAUGGAGGACGAGGUCAGCGGGAGGUGGGUGGUGUUCGGGUUGGUGUCCUGGGGCGGGCCGGAAGAGUGCGGGAGUCAAAGGGUGUACGGAGUCUACACCCGAGUGGUUAAAUACGUGGAGUGGAUACAGAAGCACCUUCACACUGCCCCCUAGUGGUCAGGGUUGAUCAGGACGUAUGAGUUGUCACGCCGGAGAGAGAGGAAGGAAAGGAG